AUGUCUCAGCGGAAGCUCGUGCUUGAUGUUCUCACUGCCGAUGCAAAAGCUAUCAGCGCUCUCCUCGGCAAUGGGACUCUUAACAGCGUGCAACUUGUGCAGGCAUAUAUGGAUCAGAUAGAGAAGCAAGACGGCUACCUCCAUGCCAUCAUCUCUACCCCGACGAGGGAAGACUUGAGCGCAAUCGCCCAAAGCCUCGAUGAAGAACGCGCACAGGGAAAGUUGCGAGGUCCUCUUCACGGUCUUCCUAUCAUUGUCAAGGAGCUUUUGAAGGAUAAUAUUGACACAUCCCCAAGCCUUGGGAUGAGGACCACAGCUGGCAGUCUUGCCCUCUGGAACUCCAAGCCACGAGACAACGCCCCCGUCAUCACCAAGACCUUUGCCCAACAGGAAUUGUCCAACUUCAAAGGCCAGGACCUACCCAGCGGUUGGUCGGCUGUCAGAGGACAGACUCAGUCACCAUUUGUCCAUGGAGGAGCCCAGCCAGGUGACUCGAAAGAUGGCCAUAGUAUGCCUUCAGGCUCGUCUUCCGGAUCCGCUGCAGCCGUAGCUGCCGGCUACGCACCUCUGUCGCUUGGAACCGAAACCAACGGCUCCCUCGUGUGGCCAGCGAGCCGAUGCUGUCUGUACUCCAUCAAGCCGACAGUGGGCUUGAUCUCUCAGCGAGGUAUCGUCCCGGUAUCACACACGUGUGACUCGGCAGGUCCCAUAGCCAAGAGCCCGUUUGACCUAGCACUCCUGCUCGACAUUAUCCUGGAUACUCCGCCAUCUACCAGCCUCACCAAAAGCCUGACGUCUUCCUGGUCAGAUAUUUCUGUGGGAUUUCUCGACUACCGACAGUGGUGGCAUACCAGCAACUUUCUUAUGCCUGUCGACGAAGCCACCAAGCAGAUGUAUGAUAGCUUCCAGAAGGCCCAUGAUCAGAUCAAAAGUUCUGCCAAACUUGUCGUGGAGAACUUGCCCCUCGUUUCCCCUGACGACUUCAAGCUGCACGGCCGAGACAGCUUGCUGACAGUCUUGCUAUCGGACUUCUCCCAUGAUUUCGAGCAGUAUCUGGCCGGACUGUCUUUCGCUCCCAUCAAAGACUUCAAGGCCCUCCAGAACUUUUCACCGGACAACGCAGCUGGGGAAGACGACAUGCCGCGAGUGGACCUACCGCCAAUUUGGGUUGUACCCCGUUUAGAUCAUAACCAGAAGCGAGUUGACGAUGCUGCGUCCCUAGUGCUCUCUGCAGAGGAAUAUGCCGCCCACCUCCAGAAUGCCAGGACACUCUCCAGAACCGAUGGAAUCGACAGGAUGCUCCAAGACUACGGCAUAGAUGUCAUCAUCGGACCAGCCGAUAGUCAGAUGACCAAGAUUGCUGCUGCCGCCGUACACUCAGGAUAUCCUGUUGCUUCACUGCCUCUGGGGUUUAUUGACUACAACGGGAGAGGGUUUGGAAUGUUGGCAAUGGCUGGCGCAAACCAAGAGGCGAAACUGUUCGAGGUCAUGAGUGCUUGGGAUUCCACUUUCUCUGCCGUGGGGCCACCUCCUCUUCUUAUCAAGGAGGAGUAA